CAACGAUAUCUCAUUAUUUUCUUGGAAUUGUCAAUUAUGUUAUAAAAAUAGACGAAAUAGUAAAUACCAAUGUAAAAUUUGACAAUUCCAAACACACAACAGUGAUAUUUCUAUUUCAUUAGCCAUUCAACCAUUGUCCAUUGCAUCGUAUGUACUGUUAAGUGUUGUUUCGUUUUUUUAACUUCGUUCAAUUUUUUUUUAAAUAUGUCCAAAAAUGUAUUUGACAUAUUUAAUUUAAAAAAAAAGAAUGUUCCGACCGUCGAUAUUGACUAAGUCAGAAUUGAUUCUGCAUUAUUUGAAUCAUCUUCGACUGUACAUUCAGGCACGGUAAAACAAUAGAAUAAACAUUUACAGCAUAAUAAAUUGAUAAGUGAUUUGGGAACUUUAGACACAGGCCCUGUUCGUCCAUUGCUAAAAACUUAUCCAAAAACUAAUUUUGGUUCACAAAACUGAAGUUUUAACGAUAAAUACUAUUCAAAAUAUGAAUGGAUUGAAUAUAGUAUUGUGAAUGAUGCUAUUUUUUUUUUGCUGUCGGCAUUAUUCUACCGGAAAAAGUGUACAAGAUGAUGUGUUUACAUUAACUGGGUUUAAAAAUUGGAAAAAAUUAACUGGAUCAAGAGGGAAAAAAGGCAAUAAGCAAAGUAAACUUGAAGCACAUUCAACUUGUAAACACCAUUUGACUUGCAUGACUAAAUGGGAACAACAUGUUAAAACUAAGUCCUCAGUUAGCAUUCAAGAACAAUUAUCUUCAAGUCAUAAACUGAUUGUUGAAAAGAAGAGAAAAUAUAUAAAAACUCUUAUUGAAAAUAACCUUAUUUUUGAGCAAACAAGGACUGGCUUUCAGAGGACAUGAUGAAUCUUAAACUUUCUUCAAAUAAAGGAAAUUUUAAAGAAACAUGUGAUUUACUGGCAAAAAAUUGCCCUGAAUUUGAAGAAAAGUAUAGCAACUUGACUAAUUUCACCAGUCAUUUAAUUCAAGAUGAAUUGGUAAACUUAUCUGCAGAGAGCAUUCGGUCCAAAAUAACCAAGGAAAUAAAAUGUAAUAAAGUAUUUGGAAUUAUGAUUGAUGAAGCAAGAUGUUUUAAAGAAGAACAAAUGUCUGUAUGUGUUAGAUACACUGUUGGUCUAAAUGUUGUUGAACGUUUUCUGGGUUUUGUAGACGUUUCAGAAAAUCAAAAUGCAGAUUCAUUAUGUGCUAAAAUAUUUGAAUUCCUUACUGAGAACCAAUUGGAUAAAUAUCACAUUGUGGCACAAUCAUAUGACGGUGCCAGUGUCAUGUCUGGCAAAUUUAAUGGUGUUCAAUCCAAAGUAAAAAACAAAUUUCCCUAUGCCAUUUACACCCAUUGCAUGGCUCAUCGGAUGAACAUUGUAGUUAUUGAUAUGUGCAAAAUUGUAAAGGAAUCUAGAAUUGUUUUUAAUACAAUAGAAUCAUUGUAUAAGCACUUUUCUCAUCCUACUAAAAAUAAAACUCUAGUUACUAUGCAUAGAAAAUUAGGAGUUAAAAUAUCAAAAAUAAAUUCUUUGAGUGAUACAAGGUGGAAUUGUAGAUGGAAAAACUGUGAGUCAGUUGUAUACAAUUAUUAAGCAAUUAUUGCAGUUUUGUAAGAAGAAAUAGAUAACCAACUGGACCGAAAUGUAAAUAAAGCUAUAGGUAUACUUACAAUAAUGCAAAAAGGAUCAUUUGUUAUUUUUCUAUUAAUUUUGCAACAUGUAUUAUCUUCCAUAAAUAUACUUAGCAACAUGUUUCAAGAUAAAACUACUACAUUGGGUAAUGCAGGUAAUCUAAUAAACAGCAUAAUACUAAGUUUUAAGAAUGCUAGAUCUACCAUUGGCUUUAGUGACUUGUGGUUAGACAUAAAAACUUUUUGUGAUGAAAAUGAUGUUUAACUGAUCCUACCUUUUCAAAC